AUGGGCACGGACAACGACACCAAACAGGGCCGAUUUAGGCUCAUCCUCGGUCCCAUCUUCAUGAUGACCUUCAUUCCCGUUUUUGCUCUCACCAUCUGUGCAGGCUGUCUGAGAGGCUCUCUGGCUGCUGUAUUCCAUGACUUCUCACGUUCAAGUAACGACUCCGGCUCUUCACUCGUCGAAUUCUCCACUGCUGUUGGUAUUGCUCAAGGAUUGGGAUCACCAACCGCAUGGACCAUCUUCGUCGCCUUUGUCGCCUCACAGCUAAUCGUUUUGCGGUGCGUUCCCGGGUGCGAGGAGGAAGGAGUUGCGGCUACAGGCCGCACUCCUGUCUACAAAACGAACGGCCUAGCUUCCUUCUUUCUAACAACGGCGGGCUACGUCUUACUUUCCAUCGUUUUCGGCCUGUUUCCUGCAACAAUCCUCUAUGACAAUCUACUGGAGAUACUGUGGGUUGCCGAGAUUGCUAGUAUUGUGUUGUGUCUGUGGCUGGCUGUAAGAAAGACUAGCAACACACUCACAGGAACAAGAACUGAAUCGGCUAAUGAACAGAUGAGUCUUCUUUUAAAGUUCUACUGGGGUCGUGAGGUUCAUCCCAGGGUAAUGGGAUUCGAGCUCAAGCAAGUCACCAACUGUAGGUUUGGUAUGAUGAUAUGGCCAUUGAUCGUGAUCUCCUGUAUGGCUAAACAAUGGGAAAUUUAUGGAUACAUUUCUAACUCCAUGGCGACGGCUGCAUUCCUACAGUUUGCCUAUCUUACAAAGUUUUUUCACUGGUAG